AUGGAGCGCUUGCGAGCGAUCGCGAACGGGCAUUCGGGCGGUGGCGGCGGCGACGGGGGACGCCGCGACGCGCUCGCGGCGCUCGGCGUGGACGCGCGCGCGGGCGACGGGGCGGCGUCGACGAGCGAUGAUGACGACGAGUGGUUCGAGGCGUCGGAAGGGGGGGGGGGGUUGCGCAUGCGAGGCCCGAUCGAGAUGGAUGGGGAGGCGUACGCGGGACGCGGGACGACGCGGCGGGCGCGAGAGGAAGAGACGCGAGGAGUGGUCUCGAGCGAUGCGAGCGAUGCGAGCGAUGCGAGCGAUCUGAGUGCGGAGGAGGAAGAUUGGAAUGAUGCUGCGGAACGGUACGGAGAGCGAGACGAAGGGGGGGGGGAGGAUGCGUUGGACGCGCGCGGCGCGCGGGCGAGAGACUUGUUGGGCGGCGACGCGGACGGCGACGCGGAGCUCGCGCGAGAGCUUCGAGCGUUUCAGGAGGAGGAGGCGCAGACAAAGAAACUUGUGGAUGCGCGAGCGCAGCACGUGGCGAAGGGACGGGCCGUGCGGGCGCAGCGCGUGGUCUGGGAGCGAGCUUUGCACGCGCGGAUUCGCUUGCAGAAAGUCGUGAACGGGGCGGCGAAACUGCCGACCGCCGCGGCGUGUCGCGGGAUGAAGCGUGCGUCACCUGACGCGAGUGAUGCGCUGCAUCGUCUGUCUCGGGCGUCUCGACGAGCCAUGCGCGCGUUUACCGCGUUGCAAACGGCGUUGAUGACCAACAUACGCGACGUCGCCGCGACGCUCGAGGACGCAGCCACAAUCGUGGACGUGGAGGACGACAUCGAUGAGGUUUGGGGGAAGCACGACGCCGCAUAUCGAGCGUUUGCGAGUUAUCGUGACUCAACGUGCGAUCGAUGGCAUCGAAAAUCCACCGUCUCCGUUGGGGGCACAUCGAGCGGCGGGAGUUUGAAAGCUUUCAACCAGUCCAUAUCGCAGCAGGUGUCGAGCACGAUGAGAGCGCCGACGCGUUUGAUAGAAAAGUCACAACCCGCGAAGCGCGCUGCCCCGGCGAGGUUGGGUGAGAAGCGCUAUGUGUACGUCGAUGAUAAUGGUGAGACGGGCGUGAAUGCGGACGGAUUGGAUGAGGGCGAAGCGCGGGAGGUGGAGCUGUACGACGACGUUGACUUUUACGAGCAGCUUCUGAAAGAGUUACUCGAGAGCGGGAACGACGCCGGCAUUACAGAUGGACAGACCGUCGUAAAACAGACAAAGCGUCGUAAGAACGUCGACCGCAAGGCAAGCAAAGGUCGCAAGCUUCGUUACCACGUCCAAGAGCCGCUCGUGAAUUUUACGCAAGCCAACGACGUGGAAAUUCCGGCGUGGGCGGAACGCGUUUUCGCGCAACUCUUUGCGUCGCACGCGUGA